CCAGAAACCCCCCUCGACGAAUUCUUCUCCUCAUUCCAGUCCUUCCGAUACAAACCCGGCAGAUCUCCAAUCGAAUCCUGGAAGCAGGUGGCGUCCUCCCGAGGCUGGCAGCCCAGGCCUAAAAAGGACGCCCCCGGUCGUGAUGCCUGGGAUCGGUACCAAAAGGCCCUCGCCAAGGAACUCGAACUGUAUUUCGGCCACGAAAAGGAUCCCAGGGCUUGGAGAACGCUUUGUCGGGCUGUGGGACGACGUGAUGCGCCUGAAGAGAUUAAGAAAUGUGAAGCUAUUCUUCGAAACACACAUGUCAACAUAGUUGACUUGAUUCACUGGGGAAGAAAUGGGGGCGAAGAAGCUGAGGAUAACAAACCUCCAAAAGUGUUCAAGUCUGUCCAAGAACUCAAGGAUUACACUUACAAGUCUCACAAGAUUUUUGAACAAGAGCAACUGAGGGGGUACAAUGGAGGAAAUGUUGUUCUGAGGCAUCUGUUGAGGCGACUGUUUUCCCGAUAG